AUGUGCUCUGGCUGCCGCCGCUGCUGCCGCCCUCAGUGCAUCCUGCUGCUGGCAGCGCUAACCCGGGCGCUGGAUGAGACGGGAGGGCGGGGGGGGGAGAUCGCUGCUGCGGUUCCGCCCGCUCCUUCAUGCGGGAUUCUGCUCCGGCGGGGGUAGCGCCGCCGCCGCCGAGGAGGAGCCGGCCUGGCUUCCCCCCCGCCGACCGCCCGGGGGGUCCGCAUGGCGUGCUACCUGGUCAUCAGCUCCCGGCACCUCAGCAACGGGCACUACCGCGGCAUCAAAGGCGUCUUCAGGGGACCGCUCUGCAAGAAGGGCGCUCGCUCGCCGGACUAUGCUGAGGAGGAGAAAGCUGCAGCCAAGGCUCUGGAGGAUGUGAAGGCUAACUUCUACUGUGAACUCUGUGACAAGCAGUACCACAAACACCAGGAGUUUGACAACCACAUCAAUUCUUAUGAUCAUGCUCACAAGCAGAGAUUGAAAGAUUUAAAACAAAGAGAAUUUGCUCGAAAUGUGGCUUCAAAGUCGUGGAAGGAUGAGAAGAAACAGGAAAAAGCUCUCAAACGACUCCACCAGCUUGCAGAGUUACGGAAGCAGUCAGAAUGCAUAACUGGGAGUGGACCAUUGCUUAAAGCCCCCAGGUUAGUCAUGGAAAAGCAGCAAUCACCAGAUGGCAUUUUACUGUACAAGGGCAGCAAGUUCACAACUAGUUCUCAAAGAAUCACCACGAGCGAAGGAUUGGGUUUCUCCAGCAGCGUACUAGAGAAACAGCAGCUUAUCAUAAAGAGGCACCAAUCCCCUACUGAAAGACCCCAUGCACUUGGAAAUCAAGCCUCACAAGUGUUCCCAGAUAGCACCAACACUUUUCAAAGAGCAGGAGUGUCUUUCUCAUUCUCCAAAAAAGUUCCUUUGAAGCUUGAGUCCUCGGCAUCAGUCUUCAGUGAGAACUCUGAAGAAGGAAAUGAUUGCAGUGAAUCCUCCAACCAUAAAGCAAAGCAAGCUCUUGAGGGCUGUCGUUCUGGAACACUUUUGGAGGAGGACAUGAAAGCAAGCUUGGAUAAAGGGCCAUCUAUUACAGAAGCCCAAAUGGAUUUGGAUAUCAGUUCACCAAGUCAUGUAGCUGUAAAACAUAAGAUGCUGAAGGAAAAUGAUAAAACUAGUGAUAGAGAAUUAGAAGACAAGGUCAGUGCUCAUCCUUCAUUUUCCAAAGUCAAAAUACAGCUUUCAAAUUUGGAUUUUUCUGGCUCACACAGAGAAACAGAGCAAGAGAGCAAAUUGAAUGAGUCUGAGCAAUUGUUUGAAACUCUCAAUUCAGCUUCAUGCCAAACUAACAAUUUUUAUACACUGGCAAACACUUGCAAGCAUAGCAAUGCCUACCAGCCUGACCAGUUACCUGAGCUCCCACAACAACCAGAACCUCAGCUGCCAUGCACAAGCAGCAUUAAUGAGAGUCCUGCAGUGGUAAAAGGAGAAAGAUCUUUGGAGUAUUCAGAAACUACAAAUGGGAAUAUGGCAACACCUCCAAAGGAGAAUAUGGUUAAAGAUAUUAAGCCACAGACACUGCCUUUUCUCCACGUAGUGAGCAAAGAUGGCACCACGGCUCUGCAGUGGCCCACAGAAUUACUUUUGUUUACAAAAACAGAGCCCUGUAUUUCAUAUGGCUGUAAUCCAUUGUAUUUUGACUUCAGACUCUCAUUAAAUCACAGAGGUGGUAAACAGCAUCAGACAAAGAAAGAAAUCUGUAAAGAGCACUCAAUAAAUAAGACUGCAGAUGAAAAUGAAGCCUCAGGUUUAAUAAAAUACAAACAAAUGUCAAAUGAACAAGAUAAUCAGUUAUUGAAACCAAAGAGGAUGAAAGGUUCCCUAAAGCCAAGAAAGGCCAAGCAAAAAGCUGAGUCAGACAUAGGGAAAGAAAUUAAUGAAAAUGGUCAAAAAUGCAUUGCAGAUUAUUUGAAUGAAAGUAUACCCAAAGUGCCUGCUUACCUUGAUGUCUCACAAAAAGAUUGUAUGACAGAAAAAAGUCUUCAUAUGACACUGAGACGACCUUUAAAGCAUCAUUUUCAUAGCUGUGAAAGAAAAAAACAGAACAUUAGAAAUGAAAGUAUUUCAGUUUCUGCUUUUAUGUCUAGAAUUAAAAAGUCUAAAGAUCCAAAAUGUCACUUAAUCUAUUCUGAGGAACAACAUGAAAACCGAAGUGACUGCAAACCUGUUCAAGAUGUGGUCAGCUGCAGCAGUGACAUAAGUGACAGUGGAAAAGAUUCUAGUGGAAGUUUCCUGAGUUAUAAAUCCAGUUCAAAAAGCAGGUAUUCAGAAAAUGAAGAAUGCAGAAAUUGCAUGAGAUGCUGGAGAUUCCCAUCUCCUCAAAAAUCCUCCUCUGACAUAUAUUCCAGCUAUUCUGACACUUCAGCUAGCGGUACAAGUAGCUACAUGAGUCCCACAUUGAAUAACCACAGCAGAAAUAAUUUCCUUUUCUGUUGUAAAAGAAAAAGCAAGACAGCUGAGAGGCACAAAUGUAAACACAGAAAGCACAACUAUAUUUUCAUUUCUGAUGAAACAGAUGAGGAUUAUCUUUGUCAUGUUAAGAAUCACAGAACUAGAAACUGUACACAGAGAGGCAUGGUUAAAUGUCAAAGAUGUUCGAGACAUAAAGUUUUACAGCACAGAGACAGAUCUAAACACAGCAGAUGUAGACACCGGCCUCUUGGUAAAAUGCAUAGUAGAAAUAGAAGCUACCUUAGCUCUAAAAGUUGUUCCACCAGACAUUCAAGAAGCAGUGAAAGAUCAUCUAGUAGCAGAAUAUCAAGAGGCAGCAGUUCAGGAUCCUUCUCCAAAGAGACUGACAACUGUGACAACAAAAUUAAAGGAAACACAGAGAGAGGUUUUAACACCCAACAAGGAGAUGCUGAUACUGCCCAUUGUAACUCUCAGAAUGUGAAUGGUCAGUCAAAAACAUUUGCCACCUGCUCUUCUGAAAUUCAGGCAAAAGACAUGUGUGGAAAAAGAAAGUCAAUGACAGCCAAGUUACUUUUAGAAAGAGUGCAGUCCAAGAAAACCCAGGAACAGAAGCAAAAUUCAGAGAGAUUUUCAAAUGCUUGUGGGGUGGAAUUAAAGGAUCACUUACAAAGUCAUUUGGCUCUUCAGUUUUCAACUUCAGUAGAUGUUACGUUACCUUCGCCAGAGAAAAUGCUAAGCAUAGGUAAAAAUGACACAGAAUAUAAUAAAAACAGUUCUUUGGAAACCAGUGUGAAGAAAACCAACUUUGAAACAUCAGAGAUAACUGACGUUUCUCUUUCAACAGACACUGAUUAUGAUCAUUGUCUUUUUAAAGACAUCAUUCAACUAAGAACAGGCUAUCAGAGCCCAAGCAUAAAAAGGAACACAGCAAUAAAGGAACAAACCAAUCUUUUCAUUAGUGAAGCGCAACCCUUUAUACAAAGCUGUGACCCAGUACCAAAUGAGUUCCCUGGUGCUUUUCCCUCUAAUAGAUAUUCUGUUGUUGCUAAUUCAACAGAGACCAAAGAACUACAUGACGUAAACAUGAACUCAAACCGGGCAGAAGGUAUUUCAGACUCUAUUUGUGACAAUGCUAUGCAGAAGUACGAUGACACAGUAGAUGACCCAGAAGUGUACAGUAAAUCCACCUCUCCUCCUUUAACGCAGCAGCCUAUCACGUUUUCACCAGAGGAAGUAGACAAAUACAGGUUGCUGCAGCUGCAAGCCCAGCAGCACAUGCAGAAACAACUUCUGGCAAAGCACUUAAAGGUUUUGCCUGCCCCAGGACCAGCUGCCUUCUCCGCAACACCAGCACUUCCCAACCUCCCUGUCCCACAGCAUGCUACUGUCACCACCAUCCACCACACACUGCUGCAACGCUUUGCUGUCUCAGCAUCCCUACACCCCCAUGGCAGCCAUCUCUCCCUGGCACACUUCCACCCCCUCUCUCAGGCACAUUUUGCCCCCAUAUCGCUUUCUCCAUUGGCACCAGCCCUCAUUCCCACUCACCCUGCUUUGCUGACAGGACACCCCUUGCACUUGGUCUCCAGCACCCCCCUCCACCCUUCCUCACUGAGCUUCCCCAUGCUGCCACAUGCUGCAUGCAUCCCAGCCUUAUUUACACCACAACUUAAUGCAGCUGCACCUGCUAUACAUCCAAAUCCUUUAGUUCAUCCAUUAUUCCAAGGGCAUGAGCCCCAUCACCAUUCUUGCUCUAGUCAGACACAACAAUUACCUACAAUGAAAGAAGUUUUCAAUGUUUCUAACUAUUUAAACUAG